GCUCAUAAGUCAGCUUACUUGGUGACAGUGGUGUCCUUUCGUUUCCGUAGCCAUACUUGGUUCUUAGAGCCCUGUACGUCGAAGCCUGCACAUCCUGCGCUUCUGCUCAUCUUUUCACUUACGCCUAGCACCUCGGCUUUCGCGCAGUAAGUGUCGCAUCCCCUGAUACACCCUCCGCAACUGGCGCCUCCGAGCAAAGCCACGCUUCUCGCUCACACGCCAGCUUCUAGCCGUAAACCGCUCGACCGUAGUAUAAUCCUCUCUACUGCCUCGCGCUGUGCGCGCACCUGCCGUAGAAUACUACGGUCGAACAAUGUCACGGUCUCACCGCCUCGCACGAACAGUAGUAGGUAGUAGGCUGCCUCGCCCCGCACGAACAAUACUAGGCGGAAGUUCGACAUGGCUAGUGCUGCCUCGUCUCGUACGCUUGCCCGCCGUCACCCUCACAUGGCUAGUACUCGUGGCUUUAACCUCCUCCGCCCGAGCCGCGAUACACACGUACUCGGGCCAGCGGGCCUACUAUUCCGCCGACCUGUUGCUGUACCGCGGCGGCCGCGAGGGCAUGUUCGCGAACGGACGGCCAGGAUCGACUUCCAGUGGAGAUGAUGGCGUGUCGUUAGGAUCCGGUUACAUCCGCCUGCACGGCCUGCGAAUACAGCGCCCAUCGUGGGAGGCGGAGCUGCAGCCGUUGGAAGGCGUGACGGGCGUGGUGGAGGUGGUGGUGUUCGACAUGAGCGUGCGGCACAGAAUAGGGUACCGGUGGCGCAACAGCAGUGGCAGCAGCACUGACAGCACACCUUUCUCCCAUGCAGGCAGCGGCACCCCUGAAGGCGACACAGUGUCGCUGACACCAGGGGCCGGCCCUCUAUUCUUCUGCUGCACUAAGGAGCUCGUGCCACUCACUGGCUGCACCCUGGGCAAGCUCAUAGUGCGGCGAGUGGCGCAUGAGCCUGAUUGGCCUCGGAUCCUCGAGGCCCAGUUCAUCGGCAACAGUUUGCUCUCGGCCCCUCUGGAGGCAGACGUGCACGUGCCAAGAGCCGGCUUUGUGUACUUGUGGCUGGCCAUGUGCGACAAGAACCUGGACAGCAGCAAGGUGUUUGGCCACACGGAGUGGCACGCGCACGGGUGGGGGUACCUGCCAGGGAUGCUGUCGAACUGCCUGCUGGUGCAAGCAGGCAUGCUGCUGCUCUACUUGGCUCUCCACCUCCUCUGGCGCCCCCAAUUCGGCCCCGCCUGGCGCUCCCUCGACCGCAAUUCCCUCCCCCACUUCCUCACCUUCCUCCUCCUCCUCUCCCUCCUCUCCUCCCUCACCACCCUCUUAGAACUCCUCCUCCUCAGCGUCACUGGGCACCGAUUCGUUGUAGUCACACUGGCUGCGGUCACAGCGGGGGUGCUGCAGGGUCUGCUGCUGAGGGCGGUGCUGGUGGGGGUGGCAGCGGGGUUUGGAACGCUGCUGCCGAAGCUGGGGCCCAUUCCAGGCAAGGUCCUGAUACCAGCAGUGCUCUACAUUCUCGUGGUGGGCGCGUGUGAGGGAGUGAGGAGCGUGGGGCAGGUGGACGACUGGGGCAGUGGCGAGCACGUGGCGCUGCGCACCCCCCCAGUUCUGCUGGACCUCCUCCUUGCUGCCUAUCUGUUCCCUGCUGCUCUUGCCACACUGGAACAGAUUAAGACGCAGGGCAUGCAGGCUGCUAGCAAUCAGAUGCUGGGCAUCUUUCGCCAUGCUCUGACAGCCAUGGGGGUCCUUGCCGCUGCUGCCCUCGCUCUAACCUGCUGGGAGGCCUACUUCAAGCUUUCAGACCCCCUCAAUCUGCAGUGGCAGUGGGACUGGCUCAUCACAGCUGCGUGGCACCUACUCUCCCUCCUCACCCUCGCAUCCCUCUGCUUCCUCUGGAGCCCGUCCCGCUUCUCCUCCAGGCACGAUGCAUCAGUACAAGAUGAUCAGGCAAUCGAGUCCCUGAUGUCCUCCUAGCCGCUUCUCGCCUCACGAGUCAAGAUUGGGGUUUCUAAGCGUAGAAGCUUGUUAUGCAUACCGCCCUUGUUAAAAUUCCCGCGAGGUGUUUCCAAGGGUUAUUGUAAGCCUGGUUGAACCAAUUAGCAAGGCUAAUCUUGCCGUAUAACAUCGUACAGCAUUUUAAGCAUCUAUAACGACCUGUCCCAUUCAGUAGUGUAGCAGCUGGGCAAACAAAAACUCCGCGUUACA